AUGCUAGCAGCAAAAGAACAACCAAAAUAUGUAACCUUUGUUGGGGCACUCUCUGCUUGUGGCUUCUUGGGAAAAGUAGAGGAAGGAUUCUACUCUUUGAACCAUAUGAUGAGAAAGAGUGGCAUUGAACCUGGGUUGGAGCAUUGCACCUGUAUAGUUGGACUUCUGGGUAGAGCAAGGCUUGAGGAUGCUGAGAAUUUCACUCAAUCAAUCCCAAUAAAAUGGGAGAUUGUUACCUGGAGAAAUUUGCUCAAUGCUUGUUAUGUUCAUCAGAAUUAUCGUUUAGGAAAGCAAGUUCCAGAAACUGUGUUGCAUCUGAACCCUGAAGAUGUGGGAACUUGUAUCCUUUUGUCAUACAUGCAUGCCAGGACAAAGAGGUGGGAUGAAGUAGUGGCGAUGCGGAAGUUAAUGAGAGAUAGAAACAUAAAGAAAGAACCUGGAUUGAGCUGGACAGAAAUAAGAAAUGAUGCUUAUGAUGACAACGAACAUCUAGAGGCUGUUCUUGUUCAUGAAAAAGUAAAGGAGUUGUUGGCUGAAAUUAAACCACACGGUUAUGUUCUGGCUAUAGCUUGUGAAUUGCAUGAUGUGGAGGAGGAACAGAAACAAGGUUGCCUAAGUUAUCACAGUGAGAAGUUGGCUAUCGCAUAUGCUCUUAUGAAAACAUCCCAAGAGGCACCUCUUCGCAUCAUAAAAAACACAAGAACGUGUGAUGAUUGCCACUCUGCCGUUAAAUUUGUCUCAAAGACUACUGGUGACAUAUGGAAUCAGAUUAGGGAAAAAUAUUUCACAAUGUAUCAUGGAGGCAACUUAAACCAGCCAGCUUGCAAUGGAGGGCAUCACCUAUAG